AUGUGCCAUACAGUAGUUGACUGCGGACUGGAAGUCGUGACCCGCCAGUUGGUGCGUAACCUACGACAAGUCGCCCAGCAACAGCAGCCCUGCGGUGUCGACCUUACUCUACGUCAGGUCUCCGAGUGGACCUCGACGGCGACCAUCGACUUCGACAAUACCAAUCGUCAAGCGGCCAAAACCUCCACCCUGCCUUUCGACCGCACCAGCCACGCCAUCACACUCCCACCCGGCGCCUACCUGAUCGAUUUCAACGAAAUCGUUCAGAUUCCUCGGAACUACAUGGGGAGCAUAUUCCCUCGAUCAUCCCUCUGGCGUUCCGGCGUCGGGAUCGCCGCCGGCGUGGUCGACGCCGGAUACGAGGGUGCGAUGGGGCCCUUGAUGGAGGUGAAAAGUCACAACGGGGUGGUGCUUUACCGGAACGGUAAGCUCGCCCAGAUGGUCUUCGAGGAACUGGGGCAAUCGGUCGAGGGGUAUAAGGGGAUCUACCAGGCUGCAACGAGCAGAGUUGGGCGCGAUGGGGCACCAUGA